UAUAGUUCUUCUAAGUUUAAACUACUCUUUUAGUCAAUUGCCGAAGCUCACAACGCGCAUUUAAGAGUUGACUGAAUAGUUGGAGAGUCGUGCAACUGCUGCAGUGUGUUCGGUUUGCUGAUUCGCGUGCGUUUACCAUCAAAUAUUCCGUGCGUGCGUGCCAUUACAUAGAGUGUUGCGAGUUAUAAUUUUUUUUUCACCGAUUCGCGACUGCUGUUCGGAUCGUAAGCCGAAAAUCAAUUCCGUGGAGCGGAACUUACUGACAUCUAGAAGACGUUUUUAUUAAUACAUUUCAAAGGAUGUAUGCGAGCCAAGAUGAAAAAUAUUUUAAACGACCCCUGGAUACUACCACGAUCUCCAUUAGUGUCCCUAAUGAGAUCAGCGAUGUCAAGUCGCCUCCUUCUCGCAAUCUAUCGAUGAUAAAAUGGGUGCUGAUCGUGAGUUUGGGGUGCUGCGCGCUGAUGUACAGCGCCAGCUCAUCUCCCAUCGUUAGCUCGACAUCCGAACCGGAACAAGGACACCAUAACGCAAACGCAGCCGUGCCCGAGACAGCCGACAAGCUGGUGGCCACGUCGCCAGACAGCGGAAGGCAGUCCGCCGAAACGUCCGCCGUACAACCGGCCCCUGUUUCCGAAUCGGUUCCGGCAGCUCAGCCGUCUGCACCUGCCGCCGUUGCGCCGGAAGCGUCCACAGACGAGGACGAUGACGAUGACGACGACGAUGAUGACGUGGUUGACUUGGACAUCACCGGAGACGAUGACGAUGACGACGACGAGGAAGAGGAAGACGAUGAUGACGACGACGACGACGAUGAUGACGACGAAGAGGAAGAAGAUGUUGUACCACAACCAGCCAGCGCAAACGCCGCCAAUGGUGCCGCUGAUCCAGCGACUGCCGCUUCCGGAUCGACUUCUGGUACCGCUGCCACAGCAGCCCCUGCAGCCCCGAGUUCCGGUAGUGAAGACGACGAUGAUGAUGACGAAGACGAAGACGAUGAUUACUUCGACAGAUUCUUCGAAGAUAUCCUUGGAGACGACGACGAAGAAGAUGAGACGUCUUCGGUGAGCACGCUGGUGUUCGGACAGGCUUCGACCACGGCGGCGCCCGCGCAGGGCCUGUCCGUGUCGCCGCCGGCGGACGACUCGUCCGACUACGGAACGGCCGUCGACGGAGCGGCCGGAAUCAACGCCAACUACGACGACGCCGGCAACGCGGACGAAGCGUCGUCCGCCGACCAGGACGGACCGCACACCGUCACGCUGCUGUCGCCUGUUCCCAACGACGACGAUCUGGCGGACGGCGAGGACGGUGCCGCGGCCGUCGCGUCUUCCGUGCAGGCCGUCGAGUCCAACAGCAUAGCGUCCGCCCCAGCUCCGGCCAGCGCGAGCACCGACGACGACGACGACGACGACGACGACGAUGACGACGAUGACGACGACGACGCGUCUGCCGCGGCCACGAGCGGCGGUGACGACGACGACGACGACGACGACGAUGACGACGACGAUGACGACGACGACGACGACGAUUCCGGCGAGACCAGAACGGUAGCCAAAGGCCGAGCGCGUGAGUGCAUAAAAACUCCCGGUGCGAUGGCUAGCAGCCCAGUGACCUUGCCGUCCUCGUACGUGGCCAAGUAUAACAGGUUCGUAGACAACAUACUGGGCCGGAUCAACAAGGUGUUGAGGAAGAACUACGACCCGGUCAACGUACGCCUGCAAACACCCACACAGACCACCGACCAUAAGAAGAAGGGUACCACCUCUCAAAAACCAAAAACCAAACCCAAAGUGGAAUCCAGGGAAAGCGUUCAGCAGACGGAAGUGUCGAAAAAUGGCACUGUAACAGCAGCUCCGGUGACUGAAAAGUCGGCGGCCACUGUGUCACAACAUCCGACUGCAGUAAACGGCACAUCUGCUCGUUCACAGCGCAAGCACCACAAACACCACCAUAGAACGUCAAAGGCGCAAAACAACAAACCAAAAGUCACCAAAAACAAGCCCGCUGCCAAGCCCCAUAGUCCACCCAGAGCCAGAGCCACCAUGUACGGACUGAGCAGUCUGCGCCGGGACGGAGACGUUACCGUGAACGUGAUGAAUACUCACACGACAGUAAAGACCAAAUUUUUGGUUGGCCCUCUAACGUUGAAAGUCGAAAAAGAGUUUGGACGAGGUGCCAAAAAGGAGCUGAGAUCGGCGACAGCCACCACAGGCGAACUGGUCGGCCGACUUAACUUGCGAGUGCUUACCGGCGGCGCGGCCACGUUACACUCCAUCCGCGUCCACCAACCGAAACAACUGCAGAUUGACAGCCAGGACGACCACGACAAGACUAGGGAGUACGUGUGGAGACGGUCCAACAUGAUCGCCCACCUCGUGUCGCAGAAACUGACGUACGCCACGAAGUCCAUGUUGCAACCGGUCCCGAAUAAAUCCGCGGCCUCUAAACCAUAGUAGGUGUGUUGUACGACCACGCGACGUGUUUCGCGACGAAGUGGAGUUCAACCGUACUCAAUGGCUGAUUAAGUGUUAAGAUAUUUUCACUAUUUAUUAAUUUAUUUAUGAUAUGAAUAUAUUUAUGUAUUUAUAUAUAUAUAUAUUAUAUACAUUUAUAGAUAUUAAUUUAUUAAUUUAUUUAUUUAUCAAAAUACAUAAUAAUGUAUUGUAUUUCAAGUCUGUACGACAAUAUUUUGUAGAAUAAAUUAUUUUCUACACUUAUAAAUAUUA